GAAGAUAAGUGGCAAUUGGGGUUUCAUGAUACCCUUUACAGAAGGAAGCUGUGACGAAUUAAUUGUCUGAUCCGUCGAUAUUGCAUCUGUCCGUGUCUUUUUCCAGGGUGCAAUUAACUCCUGCAAUUUCCCGUUUCCAAACAGAUCACGGGGAAACGACCAGUCCGAAGAAAAAUGGAGGAAACGAAGAAUGUGAGCGAAAACCCAUCAAAAUCAUUCGUCAGUCUCGAAGAUAUGUCUCCUCUAGAUCCAUCGUCCGUACCCAGUAGCCCCUCCGUGAAACCCGAAACGAGGAUGUUGCCAGUUUAUGAGGCGGAGCAGAGUUGGGAUGCAAAAAGCAAGAUGAAUGUAAGGAAGAGGAAUGAGGCUAAAGAAAAUGAUGACAACUCUUCUCUAUCCACUAAGGAGAUAGAUCCUAACAGUGCAAUAAGCAGAGACAUCACCCAAGAGAGGAAGCGCGUUCCAGAACCAGUAGAAGAUUUGAUCUGCAACACAAGACCCAGAAUUGAAGCAUGUUCAGAUGAACCUAAGAGAGAGUGGGCCAAAUCACAGUUGCAUGAAUUAUGCGUUAAGAGGCAUUGGAAAGCUCCGGUGUACGAGUGCUGCAAUGAUAAGGGCCCUUGCCACAUGAGAUUGUAUACAUGUAAGGUUGUGAUUGAGGUUAAAGAGUCAUCAAGUACAACUGUUUUGGAGUGUUUUGGGUCUCCUUGCUCUAAGAAGAAACUAGCAGCCGAGCAUGCAGCUGAGGGAGCACUCUGGUAUCUUAAGCAGAUGGGUCAUUCAUUUAGAACCCAUAAAGCUUUUGGGUAAAAGCAGACAGACUUACUUGACUUGUCGGUAAUGGUCUGGUCACUGGUUGUAUAACUGACGUGUGAAGAAAUCUGAUGUUAGUUAUUAUGCCUAUAGGCCUCAAGAUUAGCAUUUGAUUUAGGCCCAGAAAACAUAGCUCAUUGUCCUAUUUUCCCCGAAAUAUGCCUUCUUCUUUGGGAUUACUUCUUGGAUUAUGUAUUAGAGAUUUUCUGAGUAACUGUUUACAUAAUCCUCCUCAUAUAUUAUUGGCUCCA